GAGCUUAGAACGGUUGCGACUGUCGGCGCGCGUUAGUUGCAAUUUUUAUCCCGCCCGGUUCGGUUUGACAUUCAGCGCGCCACAGAUCAAUUGGACUAAGUGCAGCGUUAAGCGUGUUUAGUGUUGUGAUUAAUAGUAUUGGGUGUGACUUGGGCUACCGCAUUACUGUAUAAUUUAGUGAAAACUAAGCGGAUUCAAGUGGCUUGUGCGAUCCCAUGUGAAACUGUUAAACUUCAGCAGCAAUGAAGCUUCUCAUCGUAACCAUCCUCCUGGUCACCACAGCGUCCAAAUCACUGCAGAAAACAUCUCCCUGCCCAACCGUUUUCAGCUACGACGAAAAGGAGGACACCUCGGAGACCUGGUACGGCACGCUGCGCCUCAAAACCAACGUGCCGCUGCAUGGAAUCUUCAUCGACGUGAUCUUCGACGGACAGGUGUUCGUUUUUGGGGCAUACUUCAAAGACGUUACGACCAAGGACAACCUUCGGUUUCACAUCGAAGACAAAACGUACCGCUUGAACGCUGGCGAAACGCUGAUUCUAAAGUUUUACGUGAAGCAUUCGGACUACGGAAGAAUUCCGCUUUUGCGCCAGGUUCGAUUCAACGGACAAAACGUUUGUGUCGAUGUUUCAACGCCGGGACCGGCAACGGAGCGCACCGCGAAACCGGUUGUGGUCAGUCUCCAGGAUCAUCCCAUCGUGUAUCCGGAGUACUCGUCGCAACGCGAGACACGACCAGCAAUCAGUGAUAACACGCAUGACUCGAAUGUACAUUCCGUGCAACCCAUUAACUAUGUUGUCCAUGCUAACACUAACAUUCCCACCUCAACUGUGAAGCCUAAUCUGACCAUAGAUAGUCCGUAUAACCGCAUUGAUACCUUGAACGUGGAAUCGAGAUUUUCAGAACCAUCGAAUACCUCCAACGAACACUCCAGCAACCGAAAGCGACCUGCUGCGGAUCAUCACGAUCCCAUACAAGAUCCCACGAUUUGGAAGAAGCCCAGCAGCUCGUCAACGGAAACUUCCACCGCUCGAACGAUCCGCCAGCCGAAUCCAAGCUACGAAAGCUCCAACGAGAACGUCAACUACGGCAAUGUUCGAACUCCAGCAUCUGCGGGAAGCCGAGAAGGUGCAUACCGAACGACAACCGACGCGUACUACGGGGGCGAUUACACCCAGCAGCCGGCUAGGACUACGACUAAGAAAUCGGGAUUUUUCCAGGGUGAUUACGCGUUUAUUCAGAACGUGGAGACCUCGACCCACUACAUCAACUCGUACGACGAGGACAUCUGCGGUACAGUGGUACCGAAGGCCAACCCUCUGGUAACCCACGGAGCACCGGCCCAAAAUGCCCAGUUCCCGUGGCACGGAGCCCUGUACAGAUCGUCGUUGACCGAGCUGCGGUACCUGUGCGGAUCAACGCUGAUUUCCGCGCGUUUUGCCCUCACGGCAGCGCACUGCGUUGCGCUGGAGAAGAGCCUGAAACCGGUCGAGUCCGACAGCAUGUUACUUUACCUCGGGAAGACUAACCUGAAGAAGUGGACCGGUCCCGAGCAGGACGCCAAGCUCGAGCAGAUCAUCAUCCAUCCGGACUACAACUACGAGCGGUUCUUCGCCGAUAUUGCGCUGCUACGGCUGAAGGACGACGUCAAGUUCAACCACUUUGUACGGCCCGCUUGUCUGUGGAACUUUGACGAGGAUUACAAGGUGAUGAUCAACAAGGUGGGAUUCGUGCCCGGUUGGGGCUACACCGAGCGCGGUCUGGUCAGCGAGGAGCUGUCCUUUGCCCCGAUGCCGGUGGUGGCGCACGAGACGUGCAUCUGGUCCAACCGGGACUUCUUCAGCAAGGUCACUUCGAACACGUCGUUUUGUGCCGGCUUCCGGAAUGGAACGUCGGUGUGCAACGGAGACAGCGGCGGCGGAAUGGUCUUCAAGCAGAGCAACAAGUGGUACCUCCGUGGGAUCGUUUCGGUGAGCGCAGCUCUGCAGAACCACGUGAGCUGUGAUCCGAACCACUUUGCCGUGUUCACCGAUGUGGCCAAGUUCUUGAGGUGGAUCAGGAGUUAUAUGUAAACCAUUUAAGUUAAGAUUUAGUUCCAUAAGUAUCAAUUACAAUAAAUACCACAUAAAGCCUGA